AUGAAAACACUGCAAAACAAAUUUGAUAGACGUAGUUUAUUUUGCGAGUUCUUUAAUGUUGAGAUUGAUCCAAACGAAUCUUUUGAUAAACAACCUUAAUAAACAGUAAGAUUUAAAGAACCAAUUGAUAAAUCCCAACCAUCUGAUCUUUAACUCACCCGUGAAACAAGUAUAGGAGGUAGAAAUAGUAAUCAUACUUCACCCAAGAAUAUAAAUAGAUUAAAGGAAGUUAAAUUUUAUUAGAAAGCUUCAAUAACCACUAAGAAAUUAGAUAAGAUGGCUAAUUCAGCUAAAUUUGUUAAUGGCUUACUUUUUGACGGAAGAAAACCUAAAUAUCUCUUUCAAAUGAAAACUUCUAGAAAUGAAACAGUACUAAAUUAAGGUUAACAUGAAAAUCUGACAUAAAAAAAGAAAAAAUCACCCUCAUAAGAUAAAGUAUUCCAUUCAUUCAAUUCAAACAAAAACUAAAUCAAUUUAAGAAUACUUAAAAGAGAGUCCGAAAAAACAAAGCAGGCCACACAGGUUAUCUUCAGCUAGGUUAAGUUCAGAUAUUUCGAGCAUUCGCGAGAGCAAAAGACUAUGCUUAAGAGUUAUGCACACCCUUAACAUCCAUCAAUGAGAGAAAUUUCUUGUUUGGAUAAGUUAGACCAGACAGAAAGGAAAUUUAGAAUUAGAAAAUCAGGAACAAGAAAUAAAAAAAUCAAUAUGCUUUAGACCAAGUGGAGCAAAAAUUACCCAAUUGAGACUAUUGAUGUCAUGUUUAAGCAGAACUAAAUUGAGUAUAAAUUUGCAAGAAUGUCUAAGAAACAACAGCACAGUUAACAGCCGCGGUCUGAAAACUAAAAACUUAUUGAGUCCUUGAUUGAUCUCUACCUGAGUGUUAAAAUCAGGUCGAAUGAAGAGAUUGAUAAUUAUACUGAGGAGAUGCUCACCAAGGAAAGAAACAAACUUCGAGAUGUUGAUGCCUUCACUAUUCUUGAUUACAUCAAAACAUCAAUUGAGAUACUAAUGAAUAUGAAGAUGGAGGAAUAAGAUUAAGAUGGAUCGACAACCAAUAAAUCAAAGAAAACUAAAAUCAAAGACUAAUAAAAUCAAUCUAGCAAUUAAAUCUCUGAUUCUGAAAGCGCUAGAUCUAUAGAUGAGCCUCCAAAAGAUUAUGAAGCGAUGCUGUAAAAGUAUGAAGCAGAAGUCCGUAAUCACAUUAAAAUUGAAUAACAAUUGAAGUUGCACAUUGAAUGCGUUCAAGAUAAGUUAGAUGAUUCUGAGAAGGCGAGAGAAAAAUAAAAAGCUGAAAGACAGCAGUUCGAAGAUGAAGUAAUAAAAGAUUUGAAUCGAUAUAAAGAUUUACUGGGCUUGAGAGAGAAAGAAAUCGACAAUCUUAAAAUUGAGUACAAAAGAAUCGUUAAAUCAAACGAAGAUCUUAAAAAGCAAGUGGACAAGCUCGACAAAGAAUGUCAUGAAAUAGCUAGGAACAGCGGCCAAAAUAUUCUAAGUAACAAUAGUAACUCACUUAUCAACAAAGAAACUCCUGUGAGAAGUGUUACGGCUGUAGGAAAUAAAACAAUUCAUGAGAAGUCAACCAAUAGUCAGGCUAUUCUUGAAGAAAUCAGUUAUAAUUAGAAUUUUGAAAAUACCUCUACAGAUCAGAGAGGGAAAAAUAAAAACUAUAGUUAUAAUAAUAUCAAUAAUGGCCAGGUUACAACAUCCAGUGGUAUGAGUCAAAGUUAAUACAAGACUACAACAGCUGGUAAUGAUGUUAACACUCAUAAUAUAAGUACCUCAUCUGACAGAGGAUAAGAUUUGUUAAGGCUUAAGAAAGAGUAUCACAACAUGGCAAGAUAGGAAAUAAAUAAAUUGAAAAAAGAGGGUGAGUAAAGCUUUGAAUCCUAGUAAUAAUAAUAAAUUAAUUUUCAGUCUAAAAGUCCUGAUAGAAUGAUGCCAAAUCAAACUUAAUACAAUAGUACCUCAAAUAAUAACUCAUUUAUGUCUAAGAGCCCCUACAUUUCAAAUAAUCAUAAUAAAAUGAAUGUAUCAGCAAAUAAUAUAAAUAACCCUGGUGCUAACGAUUACCAUCCAUCUAGUAAUAAGCGUGGAGUCAUCAUUGAGAAGUAAGUACUAAAAGACAAUAGCAAUAGCAAAAACUCAAAGUUAUUUUAGCCUGUUGGUAUUUCUACCAAUCAAGCAAAUAAUAUGGCGAUGAAUCACAAAAGAGCAAAAUCCUAACUAAAUCAACCUGGCAGCUUCCCAAAUUAAUAGCAACUUUUUUAAAAGCAAUAAAAUGGCAAUCAGGCGAUAAUGAAUCAGAUGACUGCUGAUGAACAUAGGAAAUUUAUUAGUGAGAAUUCUAUUGAUAAUAAUCAUCCUCAUAAUCAAAGUUAUGUGCACUACAAUUAAAUUCCAACUUUCACUGAAACUGGAAAUCAGUUUAAUUCACAUACAAUGGAUGCUAGGAUUAAUACCUCUGCUCGAAAUCAAUCCAAAAAGACAGCAAAUACCAAUAUUAAGAGAACUUCAAGUAUACAUGAAGAAAAGAAGAUGGUGCCAAAUGAAUCAUCCAAACAGAUUAUAUCAGCAAGUGGAGGGCAUAUGCGAACUGGUUCAUAUGAUAUGAAUGUAGCUGUACAUGCAAUGAUGAAUUCCAACAAUCACAGCUUUGCUGGCUCAACGAAUCUAAGUCACAGUUAGCAUAAUGGCGCAGGAGGCAACAACUUGAUAACCAAUUCAACUGGAGGAGUUCACUCAAAGAAAAAAUCUUUGGGAAAUGCUUCUAAUAAAAAUCUAUUGACUCAUAAUUAUCUUAGUGCAGGAAAUACCUAGAUGGGUAAUUUCUCUCUACAAGGAACUACUAAUAUUAUUUCAAGUGCAGCACAAACCCAACAUACAGGCAUAGGCGGAAUAGAUCAUCACUCCUUUGAUAAUGGCCUGUUAAAAUCAUAGCAAAGACCCUAAUCCCAGAUGUCCAACUAUCAGAGAAAAUUAGCUCAGAAAAAUAGUAUGCUUGCAGCCGCUAAUUAGAAGAAGAAGGACACCGGAAACCUAACUUCAUAUUAAAGCACAAAGAAAGGAGAUACAUAUCGAGGAUCUCCAGCAAGAUUUUAGUGA